AUGACUUGUGUCCUCUACGAAGCCAGGCUUGCCUUGUUCACCUUGCUCAUUCUUUCUGUUCAGCUGGCAAACUCGUACCACAGCGGUGCACCGCCGUGCCGGUAUAUUCCAGGUGACGCCCGGUGGCCUUCGGGGGCGAAGUGGGACAAGUUGAACGCGACGGUAGGCGGGAGACUGAUUGCUACAAAGCCACUCGCGUCCGUGUGCCACGACCCAAUCUACAAUGCUGCCAUGUGCUCUACUCUCAAAGAUGAAUGGGACACUCCCUUACCAUUUAUCCAAGCUCCGGCCGAGAUCGUGACGGCACUCUUCCAGAACCAAAGCUGUGUGCCGUUCACUUCGAUCUCCACGCCGUGUACGCUGGGAAAUUAUGUCAGCUUUUCUAUCAACGUCACAGGGGUGCGAGACGCAGUCGCUGGGCUGAAGUUUGCCAAAGAUAACAACAUUCGGCUAGUGAUCAAAAACACCGGGCAUGACUACCUCGGGAAGUCGACUGGCAAAGGGGGUCUGGCGUUAUGGAUGCACAACCUCAAAUCCAUCGAGAUCAUUGACAGCUACAAGUCUCGGAACUACGAAGGCCCAGCAGCAAAACUAGGAGCCGGAGUCAUCGCUGCAGAUGCGUAUCUGGCCGUCCACCAACGUGGCUACCGUGUUGUCGGUGGGUCUUGCCCGACAGUCGGCCUUGCGGGAGGGUAUAGCCAAGGAGGAGGACAUUCGAGUCUGAGCGGGCAGUACGGUCUCGGUGCAGAUAACGUCCUGGAGUGGGAAGUUGUGACGGCUGACGGACGCCACCUGGUAGCGACACCAACGGAGCACGAGGAGCUCUUCUGGGCAUUGAGCGGCGGCGGCGGCGGAACAUUCGCCGUCGUCCUGUCCAUGACAACCCGGCUGCAUGCGGAUGGCCCAGUUGGCGGUGGCUUGCUGGUGCUGAACAUCACCCAGACCGGCCCGGAGGUGUACUGGGACACGGUGGAGCUCUUCCACGCCUCUCUACCUGCCAUCGUCGACACGGGCGCCACCGUCUCAUACCAGAUCACGAAUAGCCUUUUCAUCAUCGGCGCGAUUGCUGCACCGAACCGCACCGCAGCGGAAGUCACGGCUCUCUUGUCUCCGGUACUGACAAGCCUGGAAGCGAAGGCGGCCCCAUUCCUCUGGAUCCCGAGCCACUUCGAGACCUUCUACGACUGGUUCUCAGCUGCCUUUGGGCCUCUGCCGCUCGGGAUCUUCCCCGUCGGCGGGCUUACUGCCAGCCGGCUCUUCCCUCGGAAGGCCGUCGCCAGCCAGCCCAAGAAGGUCAACGACGCCCUCCGCAACACCGUCGCCAGCGGCACCUUCCACCUAGCCUGCCUCGGACUCAACGCCAACAUCUCCUCCGCCUCGGCAUCCUCAACUUCCAGUUCCCGUCCUGCAGCACCACCCGUCAACGCCGUCCACCCCGCCUGGCGCGAGACCCUGAUGCACUGCAUCGUCAUCGCCGACUGGGACUGGACGAUCCCCUCCAGCACCAUGGUCGCCCGCGAGGCGGAGCUGACGGCGCGGGUCGUGCCCGCGCUCGAAGCCGUCACGCCCGGCUCGGGGACCUACCUCAACGAGGCCAACUUCCUGCAGCCGCACUGGCAGCGCGAGUUCUACGGGGCGAACUACCCCCGCCUGCUGGACGUCAAGAGGCGCCUCGACCCGGAGGGUGUCUUCUACGCGCGGACGGCCGUCGGCAGCGAGGCGUGGGACGCGGAUCGCGAGGGGCGCUUGUGUCGGCCCGGGAAGAAGUAUGGCGAGGACGACCUGUGA